AUGUCGUCUGCAUUUAAUUUCUCUUUAUCGUCCUCUCUAUUUUUCUUCCCGUUGUUUUUUUUUUCUUGUUUCAUCAGCGUUUUCUCCUCAGCUCUCUCCUACUCUAUACGUCUUUUCUCGUCCUCUAUCUCUACUUUGCCGGGCUACGUUUGUUCUAAUUUGUUGCUAUACCUGCUAUCUUUCUCAUUUUCUCUCUCUAUAACGAAUCUCACUUCCUCUGUGCCUUUGUCCUUCUCUCUCUCUCUCUCUCUCUCUCUCUCUCUCUCUCUCUUCUGUGCGUGUCCUUUUCUUGUUUCUUUCUCUUUCUCUCUUUCUUUUUCGCUCUUCACCGCUUCUCUAUAUAAAUUGUCCGUCUCUUUCUCUUUGUUUUCUCCUUACAAAGAGCUCUCCCUCUCUGAUCUCCUCGUCCUUUUCUGCUCCUUUUACUUGGUACGGUUGGUAAGACGUAAAAAACGAAUCAAUCAAUCAAUAAAUGAAUCACUUUUUCACAAUUUAACUUUUUUCUCUUUAUCAUUUUUUCUUACUGUUUCUUGCUCUCUUUUUUCUUACUGUUUAUCUCUCUCUCUUUCUCUCUCUUCUCUCUCACUUAUCUCUUCUCUUACUCCCCCACUCUCUCUCUCUCUCUCUCUCUCUCUCUCUCUCUCUCUCUCUCUGCGUCUUUCUCGCCCUAUUUUUCGUGAGCGAGAUUUGUCAGCAUUUCCAUUGGUGCUCGUGGCAAGUGUCGAUUGCAAGUGCAUAUUUUCAUUUUCUCUCUCUCACGCAUCCGCACAUAAACACUCUCUUUCUCUCAGCUCUCUAUAG